GUUUAGGUUAAACAACGCCGUUCACUGAUUAGUUUUAUCAAUUAUUUUACAUAAAAUCAUUUUAUACAUCAAUAUAAAUUAAAUUUAUCCAUUUCAACUGCCCAAUAAUUGACUCAGUCCAAAUUCCUGAUUUGUUCUGCAGUUGGAGUUGGUAGUUUUAAUUGAAUUUGAUUAGGACCCAUUCAAACGGAUGUACUAAUUUGUGAAGGGUUUAUAACUUAUGUAAUAAGUACUACGAUUAUUGGACAAAACUACUCCUUUAUUUAACAUUAACUACAUACAUGGCGUUGUAAUAUUUAAUUUAAAAAUUGUUUUUCAAUGUAUCAUUACUUUUCAAACGUGUUACACGAAUUUAAUUAGUAAUACCGGUAAAAUUGUUACCAGUGUCUUUUGAAUUCAACCUACAUGUUCUUGUAAAAUUAUGACUCAAUAAAUUAUUGUGUUUGUAUCAUACUGUUUUACAUCUUUUGACUGUACCAAAAUGUUGCUGUUCUCUUUGAGCAGGCACGCAACAUUAGUUGCCUUUUUGGCAACGACUGUUCUCUUGAUUAGCGUGGCUAGAGGGGACGAAGUCGAUAAAGAGGAUGAGACAUUGGCAACAGUGGAGACAGUGGAGGGGGAAGUGCUUGACGACGAUGACAUAGUGUAUGUGACACCGACGCUCCCUGCCGGCAUCAGCAAGAACUCUGUCUAUUUGGCCGAACACUUUGACAAUCCGCACGAAUUCGAGAAGAAGUGGAUCAAAUCCGAGGCCAAGAAGGAGGGCAUUGAUGACAGUAUUGCCAAGUAUGAUGGAGAAUGGGCCCUGGAAACGGCACAACGCAACGCACUUCGGGGCGACAUGGGUCUAGUGCUCAAGUCAAAGGCGAAGCAUUCGGCCAUUUCGUCGAGGCUGACUCGGCCGUUCGUGUUCGACUCGAAGCCACUUGUCGUGCAGUAUGAGGUGCUGCUGCAGGAGGGACAAGAGUGUGGAGGCGCAUACUUGAAGCUCAUCUCGCACUCGCCGACGGCCAAAGACAACAAUCUCAAGUUGUUCCAUGAUAAGACGCCCUACACCAUUAUGUUCGGACCUGAUAAGUGCGGAAAUGAUUAUAAGUUGCAUUUCAUCUUCCGUCACAAGAAUCCGCUGAACAACACUAUGUCUGAGAAGCACUGCAAAAAGCCCAAGGAACGAAUCGAAGACCAGUUCACAGAUAAGCUGCCGCAUCUCUACACGCUGAUUGUCAGGCCUGACAACACCUUCCAGAUCUACAUCAAUCAUAAGGUGGUGAACGAAGGCUCGUUGCUCGAGGACUUCACCCCGCCCGUGAACCCGGCCGAGGAGAUCGACGACCCGUCGGACGUGCGACCGGCCGACUGGGACGACCGCGAACGCAUCCCCGACCCGACCGCCACCAAACCCGACGACUGGGACGAGGAGGCGCCUCAGUUCGUCAAGGAUCCCAGUGCCACCCGACCCGAUAACUGGUUAGACGAUGAACCUGAGAACAUACCGGAUCCGGCCGCUGAGAAACCGUCUGACUGGGAUGAGGAAAUAGACGGUGACUGGGAAGCCCCCCUGGUGCCAAACCCCGCUUGUGAGGAGGCUGCAGGUUGCGGGGAGUGGGUGGCCCCUGACAUCCCCAACCCCGAGUAUAAGGGCAAGUGGAGGCCACCCCUAGUUGACAACCCCAACUAUCAGGGCAAAUGGGCACCUCGCCGCAUUCCGAACCCCGACUACUUCGAGGACCGCGACCCGUUCCGUAUGACAGCGAUUGGCGCCGUGGGCCUGGAGUUGUGGUCCAUGUCCAACCAGAUCCUGUUUGACAACAUCCUCGUCACCGAUGAUCCGGCCAUAGCUGAUGGGUGGGCCGCCCAAACAUACGACAUCAAGCGCAAGAAGAUGGACAAAGUUGCGGAGAGUGUGAUAUCGGCCAUUUUGAGAUACACGAAUGAACACCCAUGGCUUUGGGCCGUCUAUAUAGUGGCUAUCAUUCUGCCCAUUGUGCUAAUAGUGGCUUUUUGCUUUGGAUCGUCCAGUCAGGAAAAGGAGGAACAGAAGAGAGCGGCAGAAGCUAAGAAAACGGAUGCAGUGCAAGAGGAUGAUGAAAGGGCAGGGGAAGAGGCGGCAGAAGCAGUGGGUGAAGAAGGAGAGGAGGAAGAUGAAGAAGAAGGAGGAGAAGAGGAGGAGGAAGAGGAGGAACAGGGAGAGGGUGAUGCAGCUGAACAGACCAAACAACGAAAGGAGCCGGAAGGCAAAGAAUCCGUUUCGAAAUCGGCAACAGAGGGGGCAGGAGACGCGGCGCCCCCUUCUCCGCGCAAGCGCAAAACCAGAAAAGACUGAGCGGCGGCCAUCUUGGAUUCAUAGACAUCCAACUCAAUGUUUCUACUUUUCCAGAAUUUCGACAAAAAAACACCAGCAAUACCCUCGCAUCCUAACCCUGUUUCUAACGAACUAUCGUCUAAAUUGUUGUUGAUUAAUAAUUAAUAAUUGUUGAGUAACGACGGUUAUCGAUUAAUGAUUAAUAAUAAUUGUUGAUUAGUGACGGUUAUUGAUUAAUAAUUAACGAUGAUUGCUUAGGUGUAACUCAUCUAUUUCUAUCACUCAACUCUACUAAGUUCUGACGGCUUUUCAAAAAUGAACUUGCAAUGUGCUUUUUGUGACUUAGCAGAGUAAAGUUUUUAAGCAUCUAUCUCUGGCUUUGUUCAUUGGUGGUUAAUUUUCAGGAAAUUUCGAAAAUGAACUUGUAAAGUACUUUUUACAACUUCUAAUCAACUAUCACUCAUCUUUGUUGUAAGCUUUGUUAAUUGGUUGUUAUCUCGUAGGGAAUUAAAAAAAAAUAACCUGUAAAGAGCUUUUUGUAACUUAGAGUGAAAUCCUAGCAAUUCGUCUUCUAUUUCUAUCUCUGUUUUGAGCUUUGUAAGUUGAAAAAGUAACUUGAAAACGUGCUUUCUGUAACUUAGCAAGGCUAAGAGUAAGCUUGUUCUAUCUGGUUACUUGUUCUUCGCUGUGGAAUGACUUUGUUUUUCCCAACAAAAUUGAUAUUUUCAUCCAUUGUUAGCGUUCAAAUUCGUUAAUCAAUCUAGUUACAACCAUUAUAACUAAGGUUUAAAAAUGGAAAAAUUGUUUUAAUCAUUUUAGGGCAAGAUUUUUGUUGAGAAAUUUUGUCUCAAUACUGUAAUCGUUGUUCGAGGGUUCCAUUUAUGAUGUUCGAGACUCUAUAAUUGGAAAAUUAUGGCAGUUGAAAACAUGACAAUUGAAAAAUCAUAGUAAUCACUUGUUCAUCACUUCAUCUAUUGAAAUAGUUGUUUCAAGUCAUUCCCAUCUUCAUCAUUAUUAGUAUAAUAAUUAAUUUAUUACGGGCAUUUGUUUGUAGUAUGUUUUAUUUUUAGUUUUAUAAUUUAUUGAAGAAAUUUGUGCUUUUUCACUGUGAAGGGUUUUGAUUGUUUUCUCUCUCAAUUUUUACUAGAUUAUUUGGGUUUGUCCAGUACCCACCCUAAUGUAAAAAUGUAUUUCUAGGAAAUAUUCCUUUCUAAAAUCGAACAAAAUUAAAAAUUUUGUUCACGUCUGUUUAUUCCGGGGGUUUGGAUCAUUAAUUAAAAUUGAUUUGGUUAAACUUUUAAAGAUAUAAAGCGUUUCUUUUUUGAUUGAUAAAUUUUCAUCCCCCCAUAUUACAGUACCAUAAUGAAAUUGAAGUAGCAUACGUUCCUCGUUUUUGUUUAAGUAUUGAAACGGUUACAAACUAUGAAGUAAAUGUUGACUUACAUUUCUCUAAAGAGACUUUUUAGAGAAUGGUAGCUGAAGCUCUAUAACUAGAAACCUUCUGUAUCUUGAUAUUGAAAUUUGAAAUUAAAAUCCUGCGUAUUAGUCCAGGUUUUCCCACGUUAGAUCUCUGUAAAUUAAUUGAUCUAUUCUUACCUUUUCUAUUUAAUUAUGUUGGAAAUAUUUGACUCUCUUGAUCAAGCCUAAUUAUAUUGUCUUAAUCGCAUUUCUUUUUCAACUCCUGGCUGAAGUAAACCUUCUUCAGUUUGUAAUAAUUUGGAAAUUGAUCAUUUAUAGGUUUAGAAUGUUGUAAUUAAGUUUAGUUAAUUAAUAAUUUAAUUAAUUUUAGAGGUCACAAAUCGUUGUCAUUAAAAUGGAAAUUCUAUGUCUAAAUUUCGAACUUUAAAACUGAUAAUAUUAAUUUUCAUAAUUUAGUUUAUCGAUUUUAAAUUCAGGGAAUUACGCCAGGCCCUCACAAACACAGGCUUAAGCCUACAUGUGAGUCUCUCACAACGUAAAUGUACUGUAACUGUACUGUAUUAUUAAUUGUAAAUUGUGAGAAUAAAUUGAUUUGAUGAUUUUCUACUAUACUUCAGUGGUCUAUCAUAUCUAAAUGUAUGCUUAUCCAAUUUUGUUUGUGUUUUUCAAAUUUCACAGUUGAACGUUUUCUAACAAAUAUUAAAACCUUGGAAAAAUCAAAUAUUUAUGAUACCAUGUAAUGUUACCAAUGGAAAAAUAAUAGCUUAAGAGGGUAGGCACUUCCCCAUAAUUCUCUAUAGAUUGAUUCUAAUAAGUACAUUUGUACUUAUUACAUAAAUAACUUGUGCUGUUCCUCUCCCAAAUUUAGAUAAGGUUAUACAUUGUCGAAGUAGGUAUUCUUCUUGGAGAUUUAACAAAAUUCAAGUUAAUUGAAAAUUUAAGAGUUAAUAAUUUGGAAAUUUAGGGUUUGUUUAAACCAAUGUUAAAAAUUAAAACAGAUUAUCUGUAGGUAUGGAAAAGAAUUUUCCCGUCGAAAUAAAUUGAUCAAUACAGUAUUAAACAUAAUAAUAAUUUGUGACCCGUUUGAGCAUAGAUAUUAUUUGAUACAGAUUGAAAACAUUCUAGAAGCCAAAUAGAUAGUUUAGUUGUUAAUUUAGUUUCUAGUCAACCUUUAUUUGCAAAAAUUGCGAUAUUCAUGAAUGUUACAAUGAGACCUGUGUUGUAAUAAUUAUUGGAAGCUACUCAAUAUUAGAUGCUAAUGUUCCUUGUAAAGGUUUCUCAGAGCUUCUCAGGAAAAGAGAUAUUAUUUUGAAAAAGGAUAAAAUUGAUUUGAAUAGUUUUAAAAGAAGCAAUGUACUGUUUUAUUUGAAUAAAAUUUUGAAUUACAUAGAUCAACUCCUUGAGUUGAGAGCUUACCUAAAUUAUAUUUCAUUUGUUCUAAUUUCCAAAAUUUUGGCAUCUACCUGGAAAACGCUAAACUCCCUAGAUAUUAUUGAAAUUAUAUUGUUGAAAACCAUAGUUGUAUGUUUUUUAUAAUAAUUAUAAAUAAUAGAAGUACUGUUCACAGAGUAAUAAAUUGUGAAAGUGUGUGUUUAUUGUAUCUUGUAAUGCCGAAGAUUAAUAACUUUGCUGUUUGAUAACACGAAUAAAGAGAUUGUUACAGUAAAACUCA